AUGGCGGCAGCGUCCAGCCUGUUUCGCUCCCUGCUCCUCCUCUCACUCUCGCUCUCGGCCGCCGCCGCCGGCAUCGCCGAGGCCAAGGCGCGUGCCAAGAACCAGCUCAAGACCGCGGUGCGCCGGGACGUGCUCGGCGCCCGCGUCGGCUACGAGCGGCUGCGCGGCAACACGAUGGAGCUGACGGGAGUUAUGGCGGGCGGCGCACUCGUCUUUGCGGGCGCGCGCGCUCCGUCGCCCGCGCGCCUCGUCCAGUCCAGCCUCGUCGCGCAGACGGCGACUCGAAGCCUCGGCCUGGGCUGCCACACGGGCGUGGCCGCGGCUGCCCUCGCCGGCGCGGCGAUCGCGCAGGUGCCUGUCGCGGCAGCGCUGGUGCCGUGGGCGGUCAUCGGCUGCGUGGCUGGCCGCGCGAGCCAAGGCAUCGUCAACGCCUCCUCUGCUGCGCCCGGCGUACAGGCGAGCCUGCGCCGCGACCUCCCGCCGCUUGCAGCACUGGCGGGCUGGGCCGUGGCACUGCGGGCGAGUCGGGCGCUCGGCCUAUCGAUAGAGAUCGUGGCGUCGAGCCUGCUCGGCGGCGUCGCCGUCGUCGAGAUCACGCGGCAGCAUCUGCGAGAGGAGUUUGACCAGAUCGCGCUCGCCCUGCGCUCGUCGGCGGUGGCGCUCAAGCCGGCCGUGCGGCUGGUGCUGCGGCUGCGCCGUGCGCUGCUGCCGCUGCCUCGACUCGUCAAGAACGACCUCAACGUCGUCAAGACGGCGGCGCAGUCUGCCGCGACGGCGGUCGAGACCGCGUACGGCGACUGCCCGCCGCCGAGGCGGGCGGCGAUCGUCGUCGCUGCGGUGUCGGCGACGCGCGUGCCGGGCGUACGCGGCGCGGCGAGGAAGGCGGUCGGCGCCGCGGCGUGGGGGCAGGUGUACGGCCGCGCGCAGGCGGCGCUCCCCUCCUUCCUGCGCGAGCAGAAUGUGACGGCGCGCGUGCGCCGCUUCGCCGAGCGCUUCCCGCCCUUGGCUCUCGCGAGGAGGGCGUGGGCGGGCGGCAAGAGCCUGCUGCUGCGCGGCUCGCGCUUCGCGCUGCCCUUCUUUCUGGCGGGCUGGGGCUGCGCGGUGCAGGCGGGCCGAUUGGCGGCGCGCGACACGCCGCGCGUGCUCCUCUACCUGCUGCCGCUCAAGUGGGCCGAGGUGGUGCCGGAGCCGUCGGCGUGGCUCGUCGGGCGGGCGAGGCGCGCGUACCAGCGGCUGCUCGUCGAGCCGGUCAAGGGGCGGGUCGGGCAAGCGGCGAGGGAGGGCGCAGCCCGUGCCGGGUGGAAGCGCGACGGGGCGCGCGACCAGGAGCGUCGCUGA